AUGUCUGUGUUGCGGUUUUCCCGCCUAAAUCCCUCGAUAUUUGCGCUUCCACGGCGAGGGAUCGACGAGCUGUGGAAGGGCGGUUACCUCGACCCUCACACCCCCUUCAGUGUAAAAGAACGUCUAUCUAGGGCGGGAUUAAGUUGGCCGUCUUUUUUACUGCGGCGUAAGAGCUUCGAUGAUUUGCGCAGCCUAUACUUUGCCUGUCUGAAAGAGAAAAAUCUACUGCUAGGUGAACGUUGGGCUGCAUAUCAAAAUGGCACGCGUGUUCCUCAGUACGGCCGUUUGAAGAAGGUCCGUCUUACCAUGAAGCGCAUUUUGGGUGUGAUAACUCGUCGUGAAAUCCACCAGCAGUGUAUUCAAGCUAAAUCAAUUCUUAAAGCUCAGGAGGAGAAAGAGAAAUAUGAAACACGUGUAUUUCAACUCAAGGAAUUGCAAAAGGACCUGCAAUAUAAAGUAAAAAGAAUGGGCGCUGCCGCAUCGUUGACCAAGGUCGGGUGGAAGAAUGCGUUAUGUAGUAUCGAUUCUGAACUCGAAGAGUUGGAGUUGAAAUUACAACCCCUUCGCAAAGAGACACUGCAGCUCCGCACACCCAACUGGCGGUACGAGCGCAAAUAUUCAGACUUACCCGGUCGUAUUACUUGGAAUAAGGACUACUUACCAGCUCUACAUCGCAAUGCAAACCGUAAAAAUAAGUUUUAUUAA